AUGGCAAAAUCCGUCUCUGACGUAGAUGGCCGGGACCGCAUAUGGGAGCAAAACUCAUCAGUGCCGCAAGGGGUCGAGGGUCGCAUGGAUGUCAUGAUAUCGAGGGUAGUCGCCGCACAGCCAGACGCCUCGGCCGUUUGUGCCUGGGAUGGCGAUCUAUCCUACCGGGAACUCGACGAGUUGGCCUCGCGACUCGCCGUCCGGCUUCAGUCUCUCGGCACCGGGCCCGGCAACAUCGUGCCGCUGUGCUUCGAGAAGUCGCAGUGGACGGUCGUUUCCGUCGUCGCCGUCGUCAAGACCGGAGCGGCUUUCCUCCUGCUGGACCCUCUGUUGCCCACGGAUCGUCUCAGAGUCAUCAUCCAGCAAUGCGAGUCCAACCUGAUCCUCACGUCGCUCUCCCACGGCGCCAUGGGUGAGCAGCUUCAACUCCCGGUGACCGUCGUCACGGUCGGUCACUCUCUUCGCCAGGAACCCCUACCUCGACCGCCGUCGUCACCCCUGGACGAGCAUCCGAAGCUCAAGCCACCAACACUGCGCCCCGAGUCUCUGCUGUACGUCGUCUUUACCUCCGGCAGCACCGGGAUCCCCAAGGGAUGCAUGCUAUCCCACGGAAACCUGUGCUCGGCCAUGCACUACCAGAACGAAUCGCUGGGCUUCCGUCCCGCCUCGAGAGUCUUCGACUUCGCCUCCUACAGCUUCGACGUGGCCGUGCACAACCUCUUCGCGACGCUGACCACGGGGGCCUGCCUGUGCAUCCCCAGCGACGCCGACCGGAAAGACAACCUCGAGGGCUCCAUGGCGCGCAUGGGCGCCACGCUCGCCAACCUGACCCCGACCGUGGCCCGCCUCCUCAACCCCGACGCGCUGCCCGCGCUGGAGACGUUGCUCCUCCUGGGCGAGCAGGUGACGGACCUGGAAACCACGCUCUGGUGCGGGAAAUCCCAGGUCGUCAACUCCUACGGCCCGGCCGAGUGCACCCCGAUCAGCACGGCCAACUGCGCCGCCUCGACCGUGACCGGGCUCCGUCACAGCGGCAGAGGCAUCGGCUCCGUCGCGUGGAUUGUCGACCCCGCGGACCAUGACGUGCUGUUGCCGUGGGGCGAGACCGGCGAGCUGCUGAUCGAAGGGCCCAUCGUCGGCCAGGGCUAUCUUCACGAUCCGAAGAAGACGGCCGACGUCUUCGUCCGAGACCCGGCUUGGCUGGUCCGUGGCGGACCGGGCGUUCCCGGACGGACCGGCAGGCUGUACAAGACGGGGGAUCUCGCGCAUUAUGACGCCGACGGAAACGUCGUCGUCACCGGCCGGAAAGACACCCAGGUCAAGAUCCGCGGGAACCGGAUCGAACUCGGCGAGGUCGAGCAUCACGUGUCGGCCUGCAUGCCGGACGUGACGCGAGUCGUGGCGGAGGCCAUCCUGCCGGCCGGUGCGGGAGCCGGUCACCUCCUGGCCGUCUUCUUGCAGACGGACGACGAUCAGACCGACGGCAUCAGGCUCGUGCACUUGGAGGACGAGGUGGCGUCCGGGCUCGCGAGGCAUCUACCGGCCUACAUGAUCCCCACGCUCUUCUUCGCCAUGCCCCAGAUACCGCUCACCCUGACCGGGAAGACCAACCGGAAACUCCUGCGCGAGAUGGGCUCGUCUUUCUCCAUGGAUCGAAUUGCUUCGCAAACGGGGGGGCGCGAACGAGCCCGGAGGGCGCCCCGGACCGAGACGGAACGCACCUUGCAAACUCUCUGGGCUCGCGUCCUCGGCAUCGACGGCGACUCCAUCGGCCUGGACGACAACUUCUUUCGUCUCGGUGCCGACUCCAUCACCGCUAUGAAACUCGUCGCCGAGGCGCGAAAAGUCGACGUCCAAAUAUCCGUUGCGGAUAUCUUUCGGCACCCGGUGCUCUCUGGACUCGCCGUGCUCACGGCCUCUGCGAAGCCGCGCAACGAGACCGAUCGCAACGGUGUGGAGGAUCAACAUCAUCCGUCGACAAAUGGCGCUCUCGACGUCAUCUCUCCAGGAGAGCUGGAUCACCGAGGUCCCCUGGGUCCGGAGGACAUCAUGGAGAUACUGCCGCUUUCCGAUAUGCAGGAAUCGCUGGCCGUGGAGGGUCUGUCCGACGCCCUGCAACUUGUCGACUACUUCUACCUCGACCUCCCCCCGUCAACCGACCUGGCCAAGCUCGAGAAUAGCUGCCGUGACCUCUUGGAGGCGUUUCCCGUUCUCCGGGCUUACUUCCUCCCUUCCGCCGAAAAGCAUUGGAUGGUUAUCCCCCGCACCGUCGACCUGAUUUUCCGCAUCAUCGAAGCCGAGUCCGACCCGGACACCGCCCUCGCAAAAUUCUGUCUCGACGACAUUGCCACAUUCGGCCGCCACCAGACCAUCGUGGGCUUCUUCGUGCUCCGCAAGGCGGGGUCGGCCAACCGCCUCGUGCUGCGGAUUUCCCACGCGCAGUACGACGGGAUAUCGAUCGGGGUCAUCUUCAACGCCCUGAUCCUCUCUUACCAGGGGACGCCAAUCGCGCCGGAGCCCACCAACUUCGCGGAUUACAUGGCUCACGUCGCCCGCACGCGUGACUCGGCAGUCGCAUACUGGCGCGGUGUUCUGGAAGGGUCGUCGACCUCCCCGGCCGGCACAUCUCACGAGAACGACGGCCUGCGAGUCCGGCCCGGGGCGCCGCAGGGCGUCGGGGCCCAGUCUUUCCGCGUCGAGAGGGAGGUAGCCACGCCGAAGCCUCUCGCAGGCAUCACCCCGGCCUCCUACAUGAGCGCCGCCUGGGCCGUGUUCCUGUCCCGGUUACAAGACGGCGACGGAGAGGUCGUCUUCGGGCGGCUGGUGAGCGGACGCAACGCGGCGAUGCCGGGACUGGAGACGACGGUGUGCUGCUGCGUCAACGUCGUGCCCGUACGGGUCGACACCGGGUCCGCAUCGAUCGGAGAGGUGGCGUCCGCCAUCCAGGAGCAGUUCAUCUCCAUGGGCGACGCGGACUCUCUGGGGUUCAAGAAGGUUGUGGAGAACUGCGGCGCCGAGUUCUUCUCCUGCACGCAGCACCAGAACGUGGAGGACGAGGUCUCCCUGACGGUGGAGGAAGGGUUCACGAGCACGCUGCGCCGGUUCGAGAAUCCGCGGCGGCUGCCGUAUUUCCUGUACGUGAUUUCGUUCCCGCGGGGGGAGAAGACGGAGUUGCAGAUUUUUGCUCAUACGGGCAUGUUGUCGGUCGAGAGGGCGGAAGAGCUGCUGGGGAAAUUCUGUUUGUUUGUGGAGGGGCUGUCCUAG